AUGGUAGACUCACUUCAGUCUUUCACCACAGCUGCAGCAACAGAAGUCACUCUCACUGAUGAAGACGUGUUCCUGUGUACAGGGUCUCAAACACUUCACUUCACUUUGCUUUUUCACUAUUCAGUGUCUGUUUUAAUAUUUACAGUGGAGGCGGAUCUGGAUCGGGUGAUUGACACCUUUCUUCAGUACCUCAGCUGGCGACAGCCAAUCAAACUCCAGGAGGCGUGUCUCAGUGUGUUCCGCUGGCUGAUGGACUCUGAUCUGGUCUGGUUCAGUCUGAAUGAGCUGAGCUCUCCCGUCCCGUACGAGCCCCCUCACCCUCAUCUGCUGCGUGUGAAGCUGACCGGAUCAGACAAGCCCAGGAACCAGUUCACAGACAACAUCCUCAAAUUUCUGCAGGAAGAGGAUGCCACAUACAGCGCUUUAUACAUCUGA